GUCUCUUCGGCUUCCGAGUCUCACAUGUCUUGUCACAGUCUCGUCUCAACUCCAUCACCUACUUCAAAUGGUUCUGUCACUGGAAGCCUGAAACGCUAGCUCUCCAGCAUUCCAAGGCAAUAGCUGUAGCAACGAUGAGUAGUGCCCAAUCCUCGCCUACGGUCAUCCAAUGGGUGAUCGACACUCGUCCACUUUGGCCCUCCGUUCUCAAGACCAAAGACCUCACAUCCGCUGCUUCACGUGCACUCUCACUUCUCACCGAGGAGGAACAAUCUUCUGUCCUGAGAUACUACCACGUCCGUGAUGCCAAGCUCGCUCUCGCUUCGGCUCUUCUUAAGCGCUACGCAAUCUCUCGCUUCUGUCACGUCCCCUGGUUCCAGGCCAAGACUACGCGAGACGCUCGAACUAAGCCUGUAUUUGUUUUGCCAAGCGGUGAUGAGCCGCUGAUCUUCAACGUCUCCCACCAGGCCGGUCUCGCGGUUCUUCUAGCUGUUCAUGAUCCGCCAAAGGGCCUUGCCAUAGGGGUUGAUGUUGUCUGUCCAUCAGAACGACGAGAUCGAGAUCUGAGCAGUUUAGAAGAGGAUGGGUGGGCAAGUUUCGUCGAUAUUCAUGCCGAUGUCUUUGGAGCGGGAGAAGUCUCAGCGCUUAAGAGCAUGAACCCUGUUCCUACAGCUCAAGACCGAGAUCGUGCAUUGCGCUACUUUUAUGCACUAUGGUGUCUCCGCGAAGCCUAUGUCAAGAUGACAGGGGAUGCUCUUCUGGCAAGCUGGUUGAAAGACCUCGAGAUGCACAACUUUGCCCCGCCAGAAGACAUGAAGGAAGCCCAAGAGGUUCGACUGAGAGGCAAGAAGGUUGAGGGCGUUGACGUGAGACUGGUGCCGCUACUCGAGGAGUACAUGAUCUCCACAGCUAUAAGAAAUGGUGAUAAUGGGGAGAGUAUCAAGCUCGGCGAGUUUCAAAAUCUUAAUAUGGAGGAAGUAUUGGAAUUUGGUGAAAAGGCACCUAAAUCAUGAUUAUAGAACGUUUUAUGAAUAAUGAGAAAUGUAAGCGCAAUUGUUGGACAAGAGUGUUUUUGUCUUCUUUGGUCAUUUCUCAUAGGCUAGUUAUAUGCAUCUCUCGAUAGACAGACUUCACAUUUCUAUCUUUAAAAGUUCUUGCCGAAGAACUCAAGAACUG